AUGCAAGCCAUGAGCCACCAUCGCCAGCAUCGCCAGCAUCCUUACUACUUUCGGCGUCGCACCCCAGCCACCGUCCUUAAUACAGCGGUCAUUAUCCCUCCCGGAUCCACAGAUCGAAACUCCUCGUGCUUACCGCUUACUUCCUGUCCCUAUCUUCCUGACCCUUGAGACGAUAAAAGGGAAUUUUAGAAUGGAGAGACCGAAGCGUCAUGCUAAGUUUCCUCUACAGCCCUGCAGCGAUUAGUAUUCAAGGCUCGAAGGAAUGAGCUUCUGACACUGGACCGAACAACAUUCAAGCCUCCUCAGCCGUUCCCUGAUCCCGGCUGAUGCUAAUUAUUACUUAAUCUACCCACCAACACCGACCAUCGCUGCCACCGUAUCCUACACCCCAGCGUCUACGCGCGUUCCGCCACCCUCUCCCUCCCACCGUUGCUAUGGGCCUAGACAUCAAUCUACGGCGCAUCCGUCGCCUGCGCGUGAACGUAGCCGCGACAGACGCUCCCGCCAACGCGCCGCCGCCAGCGGAGGUCGUCCCCUCUCCCCGCGAUGUCUGGGAGGCCGCAGAAGCCGACAAGCUCGCCCCGUGGUCCCUUAAAGCGUCGACGCAGCGCGCUACAGUCGCCGGCGGCUCGGUGGUGCCGUCUGCGGCUAUCGUUUCUGGCCGAUCUAUGCUCGGCCGGAGCAGCAGCGUCGGAUGCGGGCCUGUAAUGGCGGCGGACGAUGAUGACGACGAGGAUCUGGAGCCCAGCGACGACGACGGCGACGACGGCGACGACGACGACGACGACGACGACGUUUGGGCUCGUUCGCGAGCACGUUCGCGGCACUCCAGCAAUCGCCCAGCGGUCGCACGGACCUCAUCCGACGUCGCGGGCGUCUUUCCCGCCUCCGGUUCCGGGUUCGCCGCCACAGUCGCCACUUCCUCCGCCGGCGCGGAGUUCCGCACGCUUGAGCGCGCCCAUUCAGGUGACGACCCCAACCCCGCGCCCAUCCGCCGCCCCGCGCUCUCCGCGUUCCCCCGGAGUCAUUCCGUCGCUGCCCCCGGUGCGCUCGGUAAGCACGGCGGCCGUCCGGGAGCUGGAGGGGGAGCGGGCAGCAGCGGCGGCGGCGGCGGUGGCGGCGGCGUGGGUGGAUUCAGGCCGGCGAGCAGCGGCGGAGCGAGGCUACUCCGGCGGGGGGGCAGCGAGCGAGAACCCGGGGGGGGCAGCAGCAGCCGGGGGGCGCAAGGGCCGGGCGGAGGCGGAGCUCCUGGGAUGGAGGAAUGGAGCUGGAUGCGGCAGAACAGCCUCCGCGGAUCCGCGGCAGGGAGCGCAAGUUCGGCCCGAGCCGAAGGAGCAGCCGCGGCGGCGAACUGGGUCCGGCAGAGCAGCCUCGGUAGAGCUCCACCCGCCCGCGUGGAGCGGAGCUCCAGCUCCAGUCCGGAGAAGGACGGCGGAGAGGAGGGGGACUGCGCGGACAGCAGCGGGGAAGAGCUGGCAGAUCACGGCGACGAGCAGCCGGCUGGCGCUGCCGGCGCGGCCGGCCCGGCCGGCUGGGGCCGGCAGCACAGCCUGCAGCACAACAUGCGGGGUAGGUUCGUUCAGAGUCAAUCCGGGCGGAGGGUGCCCGCGGGGGGCCUUGCCGGGGGGGCCGGGGAGGACGCGGCGGAAUGGGGGAGGCAGUAUAGCCUGCGCGGGGUGGGGGCGGGGGGGUCGAUGGUCGAGCGUCGGCGCACCCCGCGCCUGCAAGUGCGCCCGGUGUCGUCGGUCGUUGCGUCUUCCAUCCGCAACCCCAUGCAAAUGGCGGCGCUGGCUGGUGCGGGGGGAGCCGGCGGGGGAGGAGGCGCAGGCGGAGGCGGAGCGUCCGCCAUGGCGGCGUUCCCGCGCUCGCAGUCUCUGUGCCCCGUCAGGCGGUCGGUUGGGGGAUCCGGGGAUUGGGGAGCCGCGCGGGGCGGCGGCUAUCCUGGGCCGGGGAGCGACGAUGAGGGGGAGGCGGACGGCGGCGGCGCAGGCGGGGAAGCGGAUGGUGAGGUGCGCCGCGCUGGCGCGGGCUGGGAAGGAGGCGCAAGGAGGCCGGGCGGAAGGAGGCCCGCGGGGGGAGUCAGGGGCAGCGGGAAUGACGCGGAGCAGAGGCUGUGGGAAGGCGGAGCGGUACAGAGUGCGGGAGAGGGGGGCGAAACAGUGGUGUUUGAGCGCACGAGCACUGCGCCGACGGGGGAGCUGCAUGAUGCGCGCCUGCGGAUGAUGGAGCGCGAGAGCCUCCGCGCAAUUUACCGCGCGGAAAGGGCGCGCAGGCGGAUGGAAGCCGGCUCCGGAGGGGCGUGCAGCAGCGAUUUUGGCCGAGGCGGAGGAGGGGGCUUGGGGAGCGACCGAGAGCGCGGGGGUGGAGGUAGGGCGGGCGCCGCCAGCCACCUGCGGUCGAAUUCGCUGGUGACGGCGGUAGAGGAUGAAGGCAGUGACGGGGGCGGGGGGGGAGCGGGGGGCAGCGCGGGGGUUGCAGGCGCGCAAAGGUCAGGGCAUCCCCACCCCGCAGUGGGCACUUCUCUUCCGCCCAGCGCGCGCAGGCCCGCGCCAUACCGCCACCAUGCGGAGGCCGCGCAUGGUCCCAGCGGUCCCCCACAGGGUUUCCGCGACCUCUCGUAUUCCGCGCAAUCUUCUGCCGCCGCCGCGGCUUCCGCUGCGGCUGCUGGAGCGGGGGCGAGUGGAAGGGGUCACCGCGUGUCGCUCUCUCUAGGGGAUAUGGAUCAUACGGGGGAGCGUGAGGGGACUGGCGCGGGCAGCGGGGGGCUGGGCGCGGACGUGGUUGGCGGGGACGGCGCUUCAUACAUAGGCCCCACUUGGCCGUGCCUCCCGGAAGUUUUGGCGAAUAGGGCCGCGCACGCGCACGCCCACGCGCACAUGCAUGCGCCGGCGCACCCGAACAAGAUCCCGCAGAGCUACAGCCAGGGCAGCACGGGGGGAAGCCCCGCGCGCGGACGCGCCAGCAGGGUCGGCGGCGGGCACGGGGAGAACAACAGCGGGGGGGAGAGCGGGGGGGAGGAGGCCGGGAGCAGCAGCAGCGGCAGCAGUAGGCGUGGGGGAGGCGCGGAGCGGGGCGAGUUGGGCGGCGCAUUUGCGAACAGGUUCGGCAGCAGCAGCAGCAGCGGCGGCAGCAGCGGAGUGUGGGCGGAGGGCGGCAGGGCGAGCCACAGUCGGGAGGCGGAGCUGGGGUGUGGCCCUGGAUCAAGAACCGUGGGAGGAGGAGGAGGAGGAGGAGGAGGAGGAGGAGGAGGAGGAGGAGGAGGAGGAGGAGAAGGGCGAGGAGGAGGAGGAGGAGGAGGUGGGGGAGGUGGGGGAGGUGGUGGGGGGGGGAGCGGUGGUGGCAGUGGAAGGAGCAGCGGUCAUGGUGGUUAUGGUCCUGGCGGAGGGGCUUUGACAGGCUCCGAUGCUGCUGCUGCAGGGGUGGCGGAAGGGAGCAAGAAGAAGGGAGGGCUGGCGGGCGGCAUGGCUCUUGGCGCGUCGAGGCUGCGUGAGUCAGCAGCGGCGCGCAUGUUUAGACGAUCGCCCUCGGUCACCUAACACGGCUCCUCAGGCAGAGCCCGUCAGGGACCCACUGGCUCUCGUCCUCCUGCUACGUUCAUCCUUCACUCGCGCAUUGCGCAGCUUCGGCUCCCUGAAUGUACGGGACCAUCCGGCGAAGCAGCAUUCUUUGUACUUGUAUCUGUGCCUUGCUCUUCCAGCCUGUGGCACGCACGGUUUGUGCUAGCAUACUCCAUGCAGAGAUUGACUGUCGCCGGAGCGGAGCGUGGAUGAGCAGUAGCAGCAUCAGGCGAGGGCAGGCAGGGGCGGCCGGGGGGGGGGGGGGGGCAGGGCGGGGUGAGGUGGGGUGGGGUGGGGCAGAGAUCCACUGAGUUGGGUUGGGUGCCAAGGAGGCAGACUACCAUGGAUGCGGCAGUUGGAGAGGGUGGUAUGUGGUGUUCCUUGGGGGAUUCGAGCUGGAUGCGCAUGAGAGAACCUGGUCGUUUUUAGACCCCUCCACCACACUGUCUCGCAUGCCUAGUCGCUGGUCUACAUGCAUGGCGGGUCCCCAGUCUCGGGCACCUAUCUGUUUCUCUCCAGUCUCUUGAGGCUCUUUCAGCUGUCACCUUGAAUUCCACAACUGGUGGUCGUGCAGAUUAUUGCUAGGGAUCUGGUUUCCCUGAUUUUAUUGCUACGGCGGUGGUCUUGUAAGGCUGCCCCAACAAUCGAUUAGGUCUGAUUUCCCUGACAAGAUCGAUCUAGGUUGCUAUGCUUUCUUGUGUGACGAAUAAUGGAUAUGAUAAUCA